CUCAAUCAAGCGAACCCUCCAACAACAUCAGCAUUCCCUCUAAAGAAAUGAGCGAGAUCAGUUUUAUCAAAAUGUCUCUCUUUUCCCUCUUCCUCGUCCUGCUGUUGUCAAUCCAUGUUGUUUCCACCACCGCGAGAACCACCGCCAACUUUAACUCCCUUGCCGGCGAUGCCAACUCAAUCCCUCCCAAAGAAUACCUUGUCCGUUACUGGACUGAACAAAUCACUAGCAGCCCUGCCAUACCACCACUGCUCACAUCCAAAGUUUCACCCUUAACUGCUGCAGAAACAACCCUUUUUGCCCAGCUCGUGGCUAAAGGUGCCAUCUCCGAUCGCCUCUCAUCUUUCUGCAGGGAAGCACGACUGCUCUGCUUCCCAGCCUCACCACACUAUCCAGUUAGCUACAGUGUCGAUAAUAGUGCCACGACACGGGCAGGUGGCAUGCACGUGAACAGGGGCUUGGAGCCUGGCAAAUACUUCCGGGAAUCGAUGCUGAGGAGUGGGAAUAUGAUCCGGAUGCCGGAUCUUCUUGUCAAAGCUCCCAAAAGGUCGUUUUUGCCUCGCAGCAUUUCCUCCGGAUUACCGUUCUCCACCUCGAAGCUCGCCGAGCUGAAGCAAAUCUUCCAUGCUGGGGACGAUUCCAAUAUGGAGAAGAUCAUGAUGCGCACACUUAGCCAGUGCGAGCAAGCGCCAAUCCAAGGUGAGACCAAGCGAUGUGUAAGCUCUGUCGAGGGCAUGAUCGACUUCGCCACCUCAAUACUAGGCCACGACAUCCAGCUUCACUCCACGGAGAGCGUCGAAGGGUCGAAGCGUGAGAUCUUGAUUGGACGAGUGAAAAGGUUGGACGGGAGUAAAUCGAGUGCGCCCGUGGCAUGCCACGAGACUAUAUUUCCUUACAUGGUCUAUUACUGCCACACGUUUCCGACCCUCCGAAUUUACGAAGCGGAUAUACUGGAUCCUGUGUCCAAGGCCAAGAUCAACCAUGGCAUCGCCCUCUGUCACAUGGACACGUCGAUUUGGAGUCCAAAUCACGAGGCGUUCCUUGCGCUCGGGUCGAGCCCUGGUCGGAUCGAGGCCUGCCACUGGGUCUUUGGGGAUUAUGGUGUCUGGACAGGGGCCAAUUAGUAUCUUAAAAAAUGAAGUGUGGAUCAGGUUGAAUAAUCUAGAUUGGACCUAGAGACUGAGAGAAAUUAGCCACUAGCUCCAUCCCAAGCCAUCGUUCGCUUAAAAGUAUUGUCUAAUAUGGUAUUUGCUAUCUCAUACCCACGACCAUAGUCGUGGUUUGUAUAUGUAACUGUCGUUGUGGUUAGUAAACGUCGAGUGUUUGAAUAACUUUGAUAUAAUAUCUGUAAUUAU